AUUGCCACUAAUACCACUUUCAUAAUACCACUUUUCAACUUUACACUUUUCAAAUUUACCAUUAAAAUUUUAAUGGCUAAAGUACCAUUAUACCCUUCAUUUCAUAGAUUUAACCUAUAUCUAUUUUUCUUCCUAAUCUCUGUCACGAUGAUUCGCCGAUCUGCGGCGAACUCCACAAUUUCCAGAAAACUUGGUGAUCUACCGUGAACUCGGCGAUCCCCGGCGAACUCUGGUUACCUCCAGCGAAUUCGGCGAGAUAACAACCAGAAUUUUAUUUAAACAGCCGUCAAAAUGGUGCUUCUUCGACAACACUGUGUGAGACUCUGAGCAAGACUGAGAGAGCGAUAGUCAUGGAGAUUAGCGAGGAAGAAGAGGACUUCACAUCUAUUGAAACCAUACCUCUUCACAUCAGUCUCUCACCGAAAAAGUUCGUUCUUUCUCUCUUUCUCUUUUUUUGUCUCGCUACAUUCACUCUCCCAACGUUCAAGAAGAUCAGAGUGAUCCCAUCCGUCCAUCAAGCUGAAGGUUAUCAUGUAUCCUCCAAACGGCACCACCUGCAUCUUCAAGAUCUGAAUUCAACAAGAAGGCUUCUCAGAUCAGUAUACAUAUUCACAAAACGUCUCAGAAGACCGCGAGGCUCUCUAAAUUGGCAAAAGAAUCGUCCAUUUUCAAUCACCGGCUGUCUAUAUACGGGAGCUAACAGUGUUGAUCAGGAAUAUAUCACGGGGCUGAAGAUGGCUCUCUCUGAUCUGCAGACCCUUCAGAACAUGGAGAUCGCUGAUGGGAGCUAUUCACAUGACAAAUUUGGUCACUACAGAGCUGUUUGUGAUGACUUGAAAACCAGACUUAUGGGAGCUACAAAGCAGUUUGAUCAAGAUGUUCCUACUGUGAUGGUCCAAUGACAUAACCAACAAGAUUUGCCAUCUGCAAAUUGAGAAACUUUAUAAAUACUUUUAUAAAGAUUUACUUAUAAUCUUUGUAAGAAUUUAUAAAUGAUCUAUAAACUCUUCUAACUGAUUUAUAAAUUUAUUUAUAAACUCUUAUAAAUUGUGUUAUCAAGAUUAUUAAAUUCUUAUAAUCUUUGGAAUAAACCCUUAUAAAUAGAUUUAUAAACUCUUAUAAAUAGAUUUAUAAAACUUGUAAAUUAAUUUAUAAACACUUAUAAAUAAAUGUAUAAACUCUUAUAAGUAGCUUAUAAGUUCUUGUAAAUAGUUUUAUAAACCAUUUUAAAUAGUUUUAUAAACCUUUAUAAAUAGUUAUAUAAAUAUUUAUGUGUUUUAUAAACUUUAUAGAUGGUUGAUACAAUGUUUUAUAAGCUAUUAUAAAAUUUAUAAAUGGUUCAUAAAUGAUUAUUCCCUUUAAUUCCAUAUUCCUCAUUUAGACCCAUAACUUAUAUAUAUAUUCUUAUAGAUGUUUUAUUAUCUCUUAUAAGCAAGUUUAUAAUUUUGCAAAAAAAUUUCACAAACCCUUAUAAAUGAUUUAUUAGCCUUUAUAAAAUGUUUUAAGAGCCUUCAUAUAUGAAUUACCUUUUGAAAUUCUUCAAAUCCUGGUAACUGAUUUUAUAAACGCUUAUAAAUAAUUUUAAAUAUUCUUUUUUUCUCUUUCAACAAUUUUAAAUAUUCUUAUAAAUGAUUUAUAGACCCUUAUAAAAAGUUUUAAUACAUUCUCAUAAAUGAAUUAUAAUCCCUUAAAACUAGUUAAUAAUUUAGACAAAAGUUUUCUACAAAUCCUUAUAAAUAUUUUAUAACACCUUAUAAAUAUUUUUAUAUAUUCUUAUAACUGAUUUAUAAACCUUUAUAAAUAGUUUAUAUAUAUUCAUAAAUAUUUUAUAAACCCUUAUAAAUAUUUUAUAAGUAUUUAUAAAGAUUUAUAAAUUUUCAUAAAUGAUUUACAAACAUUUAUAAAUUAUUUAUAUAAUCCUUAUAAAGCCUUGUAGAAAACUAAGUUCAAGUUAUUUUAUACAUAUCCUUAUAGACUGUCUUUAUAAACUGUUAUAAAUGAAUUAUACUUUAAUAAGAAAUUUAGAAAGCUUUCCAGAUAUACUCGUUCUCUUUUUGAUCAAACCAAAUUUUAUAAAUAAAACUCAAGCUCUAUCAAUGGAGACAUUGUUUAGCAAA